GCGUUGUUGACCAGGACGUGGAUGGGCUCGGCGUAGAAGUUGACCUCGGCGGCUGCCCUGCGCACGUCCUUCAGCGAUGCGAGAUCGAGAACCAGUGGCCGGAUCUCAGCCUGGGGGCUCUCCUUCUCCAAUGCAGCUCGCGUAAGCUCCAAUCUGCGAUACCAUGCUCAGCGCCCGAUGCCGCUGGCUGUCACAGGUCAAGCUACACUCACCGCUCCUUGCUGUAUCCGGUGAUGAUGACGAGAUGGGCAUACUUGGCUAUGACCCGCGCCGCCUCAAAGCCGAUCCCGUUCAGGGACGUUCCAGUGAUAAGCACUGCGGAAUCGCUGAGGUCAUUGGAUGCGCCAACAAGCUCUUCUGGAGAGACACACCAUUCUUGCCCUUGAUCUGAUCGGCAAAAGCUGUAGCGACCUCCUGGGCAGUGGUAUCGGCGUUGAAAGUUGGCUGCGAGGAUUUAUACCAAAGUUCAAUGGCCG